CUAACAUCUGUUCACUCGCACUUGAGUCACGAUAGCAACGAGGAGGAGGAAGAAGACGAUAUCAGCGAUACAACUCUGUAGGGGAAGUCAUUAACGCCUCGUUUAGGUGGGGGUCCCAUCCCACUUCAUCACCUAUCUCAGUCAUCACCUGCGGCUAAUCCACUUACCUUGAGCCAAGCACCAAACCGAAAACUUUUGGCACCCUAUCGCACCAGGUGGAUCGAUCGACCGUCAAAGCUUUCGAGAUCGGCUGGGCCGUUUUCGACAGCUUGCUGCUCCUUUUCGAUCAACACACUGUUCCAAAAGCUUUUCUGUACAUCAUCAACAGGGACCUCCACUCCGCCGCCCCAACUCCUUUGAGAGAGUCCAUCCCAACUCCUCUUUCCGCCACCAAGUCUUUGUCACACUCAGAAUGAGUGCGGACCUUGUCCCAGAGCACGAACGACGCUCUGUGAAUCACUCGAUUUCCGAAAACCUGGUACCAUCACCUAGUCGCCGCCGGCAUGCAAGAAUUUCAUCAUGGUUAAGUGACGAGACCGAAGAAGAUGAUUCUGAAGCAUACAUCCCGAGUGAAGAAGAUUCAGAUAGUGGUUAUCGCGUCAGAGGGCCCAUCUCACGUCGGUCCGACGAUACUGCUCGCGAACCUCGGCCAUCUGCAAGGAGGACCGCUUCUCGCCGUUCAAUGGACGGCUCAACCACAUCUACUCGCCCUCGUCCUCGAUCAGCCUCUCAUCGUCCAGAGGAGAUGGAACGACCAGCUCCAGGCUGUCCCUACUCCAAGUCUCCUCGGACCACUCCUCCACGCUCCUGUAAACCACCUCGACCUUUCCCCUUGGUAGCUUCGCAACCCAUGACUCCACCAUCUCUUGGAGACCGAGCCGACGAGGGAUCUACAGAAACAAUUCAGACCAUCUCCUCUGACUCUUCAGACCCUGUCGAGGUUGAUCCGGAAACUGGGUCAAGACGUCUAACAGCCCAGGAGAAGGGCAAAGGACGAGCCGUGAUACCCACUGUGAUCAUCGAUGAUGAUUCGGAUGACGAAGCAGAUUCCGGUGCCGUAGAUCAAAGCGUGGAAAUCAUUUCUAUCAAGCGAGGGGAUAAGCGAAAACGAUCAGUCGAGGACGAUAUGGGCAAGGAGGACGUCGCUGAAGAAGCGGCGAGCGAUGGCGGACUUGAAGAGGAAAGAAGUCUUGCAGCAUACACUUGUCCUGUGUGCUUCACUCCUCCAGAGCAAGCCGUUAUGACAGAGUGUGGACAUGUCCUAUGCGCCAAAUGCCUUCGCGAUUCGUUGAUCGCCGCAAUCAAACGAAACCCCAACCCUUUCCCUCUUUUUGGUGGUGGUCGCGGGCGAGGGGCUCCGGCCGCUGCCAGAGGUCGAGGAGCAGCCCGUGGACGAGGUGGCCGAGCCGGUCGAUCGAGACUGAAUCCCGAGAUCGAGCCUUGGAACUGGAACGCGGACUCCCUCAAGACUGCAUGGGCGACACAUCAAAGGAAGCAGUAUGAGGCGAAGCUAGUAGAAGCAGGAGUACCCGAGGAGAACUGGGAGUUGAUGAAAGCCAAUGACGGUGCCUAUCCUCAGGAGGAGACGCUUGUCGUCAAGGAAGAGUUGAAGGGUUUGUGGAGCAUUGAUGGGAGAAAUUGGGUGAUCGAAGGGGAAUGUCCAGUCUGCAGGAAACAGAUCCCUGGAGGCUACGCGUCAUCCAACAGCGGUAUCGGAGGUGUCAUGCCUCUCUACGUCAGAAUCGAUCAAGCCAAAUGAGCCUCGAACUUCAGUUCCAUCCCACACACAGCAUACUACUCAUUCAUCGCAUACUUCAUUGUGUAUCUCUCCUGUCACCCCCUGUAAUCAUUGUGCAUAGCAUCCACUACCCGUCUCACAUUGAUGUGUCUAUAGUCUUUCGUCAUGCAUGUAUAGUCUAUUCCCAGAGUGGAGUUUCCAUUCAA